UGUUUUACGUUCCAAAUGAUAAUGUGCAAGUGCUGGCUCUGAAGUUUUAUUUGAACAUCAGAAAAUAAGAAUAUGGACACAAAUAUACAAGGUUCCAAGCCAAGGAGACAUUUCCCCAGAAAAUAUGCCAUCAUCCUAGGACUUCUUCUUGGAGUGUCUCUACUUGGUUUAAUCGCAGUGGUUGUUGCUCAGAAACACGCUACCAGAAAAAACAAUAAAUAUGGUAUUGUGCUGGAUGCUGGCUCUUCUCACACAAGCAUGUAUACAUAUCAAUGGCCAGCAGAGAAGGCAAAUGACACAGGAGUAGUGAUGCAGAUUGAUAUGUGCGAAGUUAAAGGGCCAGGGAUCUCAUCAUAUACCCAUAAUCCUGAAAAGGCUGGUAUGUCCCUACAGCAGUGCAUGGACAAGGCAAAGGUGGUAGUUCCUGCAGGAAAAUAUCAAGAGACGCCUGUUUACUUGGGAGCGACAGCAGGCAUGCGGUUGCUGAGAAAGCAGGACAAGAAUGUUUCUGAGAAGGUCCUCUCUGAAGUGGCAGCAACACUGCGCUCGUACCCUUUCAAUUUCCAGGGUGCCAGGAUCCUCAGCGGUGGAGAAGAAGGUGCCUAUGGCUGGAUCACUGUUAAUUACCUGCUGGGCAAUUUUAAGGAGUCUGUCUGGCCACGUUUCCUGCCCCGUCCAUUCUCCAGUCUGGGGACAACAGGGGCAUUGGACCUUGGAGGAGCUUCCACACAGAUAACCUUUGUACCGGACCAGGAAAAGAUCGAGUCACAAGGAGAUAUUGUGAAUUUCUAUCUCUAUGGGAAGAACUACAGUGUAUAUACACACAGCUUCCUGUGUUAUGGGAAGGACCAGGCACUACGCCUGAAGCUGGUCAAUGAUGUUCAGGGGAAAGCGGCUGAGAGAUACCAGGAUCCAUGUUUCCACCCAGGUUAUAAGAGGACAGUAAAAGUUUCUGACCUGCUCACAAACCCCUGCACUGCUGGUAGUUUGCCUUCCCUACCCUUCUCACAGAUUGAAAUUGAGGGCACUGGGCACUAUGAAAACUGCCAAGCCAGCACCCAGAGAAUCUUCAAUCUUACUCACUGCCCUUAUUCCAAAUGCUCAUUCAAUGGCAUUUUUUUACCUCCUGUGCAAGGGGAAUUUGCGGCUUUUUCUGCUUUCUACUACGUAAUGAACUUUCUAAAUGUGACAAAAACACCUAUGGAUGAAGCAAUGCAGAAAAUCAAGGCCUUCUGCUCCACACCGUGGGAUGAGGUGAAAGCAGAGUUUCCGGGGGUAAAAGAGAAGUACUUGAGUGAGUACUGCUUCGCAGGUGUUUACAUAAUGUUACUUCUUGACAAGAGCUACCACUUCACUGAGGAGAACUGGUCGUACAUCCACUUCCUGGAAAAGAUUGGUGACAGUGAUGCUGGAUGGACUCUGGGCUACAUGCUGAACCUCACCAACAUGAUCCCUGCAGAGACGCCUUAUACCCACCCAUUGUCCCGUAUUACCUAUAUGAGCCUCCUGGUCAUCUGUUCCCUUAUGAUGGUGGCCCUGCUCCUCCUAGGCUUCUUGUUUUUUCGUCAACCAAAGUGCAUGAGAAAGGCAAUUAUUUAAGCUGGGUUUGGCCUAGCCCAGAGCUGAACUUCAGUAUAGGUCAGAGAACAAUGCUCUUCUGAUGUAUUCCACUGAAAUGACUGACUCCACCAAGGGCCUUGUGUACCACUUUCUCCAGCAAUGACAGGCACUCAAGAUAAUAACAUGCUGCUCUUCUGUCCUCUUCCUUGUUUUGGAGACUCAACCCCCAUCCUGCUCCUGAGCGGGGUCUGGCAGUGGGAGCCUUGGGUGUCCUAUUAAAUGCUGAUUUCUCUCAGGUCUGCCCUUUUGUGUAUUGCCAUGGUCAUAGGAAUGCAACACCAGGGGGCACCCAGUCAGAAAUGAUUAAACAACACAGGGUGAGACUCAGGAGCAGCUCUUUUCAGUCCCACCAGGAAGA